GUUCAUGUGUUGAAAACAAUUCGUUGUGAAAUGAUUCGUUCUACAGUUGUAUCGUAGUUGUAUUCAUUUUACUCGACCGAUUUAAAGUUUGGUGUUCGUUUAUUAAUAAUUAUCCCAUUACCCCACGUCCGUCGACCAUGUCUUUGACCGUGAUCAAAGCGCCAUGGAAAGAUUAUUAUCUCUUUAAAGAGCUACUGCUGGCUUUGAUCGUCGUGCUCUUUACUGUCCUAUUGUUUGUUUUAUGGAAGAAAGGUCGCAAGACCAACCGAGAUGUACUGAUUGUGGGGUUGUGUGAUUCGGGUAAGACUGCUCUGUUUUCAUACUUGUUGUACAAUAAGCCAAUACAAUCUUUCACGUCCCAAGUGGAAAACAUGGGCGAGUUUAAAAGCAAAAAAAACUUGUUACGCAUAGUUGACAUUCCGGGACAUGAAAGAGUAUUCACAAAGUAUUGGGAUGCUUACAAAAUGAACUGUAAAGGUGUUAUGUUUGUGUUGGAUUCAGAAACUGUUCAAACCGACAUAUGUGAUGUGGCCGAGUUAUUAUACAGAGUUUUAACUGAUGAAACAAUUCAGUCCAACAAAAGUAAAAUUAUAAUACUAUGUAAUAAACAAGACAAAAUGAUGGCCAAGGGAUCAGAAGUGAUCAAGACCUUGCUCGAAAAAGAAUUGGAUACAUUGAGGUUAACAAAAUCAAAUCAGUUGGAGAGCAUUGACGGUAAAAAGAAUAAGACCCUGUUGGGUAAAAAGAAGAAGAAUUUUGAAUUUUCUCACUGUCAGAUGGCAGUAGAGUUUGCGGAAGUAAUUACUUCAUCCUCAGACGUAGUUCUAGAACCAAUUAAAGACUGGUUAGAAAAUAUUCAGUAAAGAUAUUAUAUUGUGCUACAAACUUACAACUAUAUAUUAAUAUUUUCCAUUUUUGAAAACCGUUUUUGAACUUAAAAAGCUAAAAUAACUUUCUAGCUAUAUACACUGUUUUUUUUCUAUAAUCUUUAUACAUACUUAUAAUUUUAUUUUUAUUGUUAAUUCAAGAGAUAAAAAAAGACUUCUUAUCUUACUUGUAUAGACUAAUCUAUUAUUAUUUCUGAUAUUUUAUUUGUUGUAAGUUGUCUUCAUGUAUAAUACAGUAUUUUAUUUUUUA